AGCGAGCAACGACAUGUGUACAUGUGCGCCCUCCGCGGUAUUGCGUGCACGAACCUCCGCGUUCAAACGCGAUUCGGCGGAAACAAACCGCGUACAUGUACAUAUGUUGUUGCCCUCUGACUAAGAGUGUCUGCAGAGGGCCCCACGACGGCCCCGAACAGCCCCCGAGAGGGCCCCGAGGCAGCCCCAAGAGGGUGCCCAGAGCGCCCCGAGACACCCGCAGAAGGCGCCCGAGGCGUCCAGGAGGCCCGAGAUGGCCGGAGAGAGCCCCGACGGCCCGACAACGCCAACCCAAAAAAAAGAUCGCAGCCCCAAGAGAAGAGAGGAGGAGGCGGGAGGAGGCGGGAGGAGGCGGGAAGGAAGGAAGGAAGGUGGAGACCGCAGUGCUCUAUUCAAAACGAGUACCCAACGCAAGAGGGUUGGGAAAAAGAUCCCGAUAUGGUCCCGGGUUGCGCUCAGGCAGUCCACCCUCUCGCAACGGGACUCGACAGACGUGCUGCGCUGUGCCCACCGGCGACCUGCGUCCACCCGGAACUCGUCGUCGUUGGCCUCCCAGUAGCAUGCUGCUAUGGUCCAGGACAGCCCCAGGCCGAGAAAGACGU